CAGGAGAGCCGGCAUGGCGCACAGUCAGCUGCCCAACGACUCCUGGCAGAAUGGCUCGGCCCCUCUCUUCACCGGCCUGGACCUCCUCCUGGAGCUCAAGCCUCUCUUCAUCCCACUCUACGCCACGCUGGUGGCAGUGGCGUGCACGGGGAACCUCUUCCUUAUCCUCCUCAUCGCUCUCACCAAGAAGCUGCACUGCACCACCAAUUUCCUCAUAGGGAACCUGGCGGCGGCCGAUUUCAUCAUGUGCCUCGCCUGCGUCCCCCUCACCGUCUCCUACGCCUUCGAGGUGCGGGGCUGGCUCUUCGGGAUGUUCAUGUGCUACUUCGUCACCCUGAUGCAGGCCGCCACCGUCUUCGUCUCGGUGCUGUCCCUCACUGCCAUCGCCAUUGACCGGUACGUUGUGGUGGCAUACCCCAUCCGCAGGAGGAUAAGCCGCCGGUCCUGCGUCUGCCUGGUGGCCUGCAUUUGGUUACUCUCCAUCAUGGCCUCUGUUCCCACGUCGCUGCACACCCACUACUUGGAUCUCAACACCAUCGGCCACGACAUGAUCAUCUGCGAAGAGUUUUGGAAGCACGAAGAGAGAGAGCGGCUGCUCUACUCCUGCUUGAUGCUUCUCUUGUCCUACAUGCUCCCACUUUUGGCAGUAUCCGUCUCCUUCUGUGCCAUCACCUACCACCUGCGGAGGAGGAACGUCCCGGGCGCUGCCUAUCCCUGCCGAGACAAGUGGACCAAAACGAAGCAGAAGACCUUCCGGGUGCUCACUGUCUCGGUGGUGUGCUUUGCUAUCUGCUGGCUGCCCCUCCAGGUGGUGAACUUCAUCAGAGACAUCGACGAGGAGUUCACUAUCCUGGACAAGAGGUAUGUCAACGUCAUCCAGGUCUCGUGUCACCUGAUUGCCAUGAGCUCUGCCUGCUACAACCCUUUCAUCUAUGCCUCCCUCCAUGACAAGUUCUGGUUCCACCUCAGCAGCUACUUCUACCGCAAGAAGAAGAGCUCCAGCGUUAUGUCCUGCAAGGCUUCUCGAUUCAAUACCUGCUCCACCCUGGCAGAUGCUCCUACCGGGGUCUCGGAUAAGAUAGCCUUGCAAGCUAGAUUCUCUUAACCGAAGGACCACGAGAGAUCAACUUUGCUUUUGGACCUGGUGUGCAUUUUGCUUUAGCCUAGACCUAGCAGCUGGUGGCUGGUGGUACGUGGCUGU